CAAACAUCAGAAUACCAAUCUUCAAAUCAUCCAAUCCAACAUUUAUACUUCAAUCCAGCAUGUCUGUCCCAACCUCCGCCAUCCCAGCUACCUGCUGCGGCCGCAACGGCGACGCCGCCUGCCCAUGCGCCAUGGAGGCAACCUGCUCGUGCGGAAAACAGCCUGCGCUCAAAUGUACCUGCGAGAAGGCCGCGACCGAGAACACCCUGUCCGGCGCGAAGUGUUCGUGCAAUCUUCGCCGUCAAGGUGCCUGCACGUGUGGCCGUGCCGCGACUGAGAACCAGAGUCCUGCUGCGUCUGCGUGCGCGUGUGGCUUGCGUCCUGCGGAUUCGUGUACGUGCGCUGGCGAGGAGACAGGUCUCAGGGCCGAGGAGACGGAUUUCACUACUAAGAGAUAGAUUGCUCUGUGGUCGGAGAUCUCUUUCUAUGGGUGUCUACGUUUCGGGUGUUAAACGGGGAUCGGUGGGUAACUGAUUAUUUUAUGGCGAAUGAUGCUAGGGGGUGGUCGUUGUGGACAAGAUGGCAUUUAUGGAAAUUAUGAAUGUGGUCGUGGUCGUGGCCGUGGCCUCAAUAUCGGAUGGGAUUAGACUUUAGAUGGCGCUGAAGGGGGUGCCCUGGUGUACCAUAGCCAAGAUGUAUCAUAUGACGACUAUCAUUGACACUAAUUUCGAGGCAGCAUUGUGGCCUAGCUGUGUUGACACGUCUCGCAU